AUGCCGGUUCCGGGGUUGGGCGGCAGAGAGGUUGAGCAAAGGGCAAAGUUCGCCGUACAACCGCAUCCAGCGGAAACUAUAGCGGUGCAGUUCCAAUGCCUGGAAAGCCGGGCUGACGUGGACGCAAACAGUUCGUGGGAGGUUUGCGUCUACACCGACGGCAGUAAGAUCGAAGACAAGGUGGGAGCGGCCCUAUCCAUCUGGGUAGGAGGCGUAGAAGCCAAAACCAAAAAACUGUCUCUGCCGUCGUACAGCACGGUUUACCAGGCGGAAUUGUACGCUUUAUGCGAGGCGGCGAGGUUUGCCCACAAUAGCAGCAGGAGCACCUUUGGCGUCUUCAGCGACUCCCGCUCUGCACUUGAAACGGUAGCCGACAGCGGUUCCGCUCACCCUCUGGCCUUGGAGACCCGAUCGCAUAUUAAAAAUAGCCGGAAUCAGGGCAAGAUUAUAAACCUUUAUUGGGUUAAGGCUCAUGCCGGGCUCCAAGGCAACGAGCGGGCGGACCAAUUGGCAAGAGAGGCUGCUCUGCACUCCAAGCGUAAGCCGGACUAUGACUUGUGCCCCGUUUCAUUCGUGAAGCGACAGAUAAGAGAUCAGUCGCUCCGGGAGUGGAACGGGAGAUACGUCAACGGCGAGGCGGCGGCGACCACUAAGGUAUUCCUGCCGGAUGCCAUAGCGGCAUAUAAGAUCGUUAAGGAUUUGGGACCAAAGGCAGUGCUCACACAAGUCCUGACCGGGCACGGUGGAUUCUCCGAAUACUUGUACAGGUACAAGUGUAAGGGGAGUCCAUCGUGUAUAUGUGACAGCACAACCGAGGAGACCCUCCUACAUGUCAUCCUGUCGUGUCCCGUGUACGAAAAGAAUAGGUUUGACCUUGAGCAGCAGCUGGGGUGUAAGCUGGCUAAGGAGAGUAUUAAGGAGAUAAUGGCGGAUCUAGAAAAAAGAAAUGGAGCUAACUUGCUUCGAAGAGUGGAACCUAGAGAAUACAAACGAACUGAAACAGAAAUAUAA